AUUGAGUAACUCGCAGUGCCCAGUAUUUGAAUAUUAAGUAGAAAUGGAUAUCAAAUAUGCGGUGGAGAGCGCCCACGAUGAGAACAUAUUGACGCAUGAAUUGCCGCUGGACAAGGAGCUCUGGUAUUUUCAGUUGUAUUUGUCGUUUAUGUUGUCGCUAAUGACUUUGGAACCACAUCCCGAGGAUAGUUUUAGUUGUAAUGAGGAUAUGGUACGAAUGCGUCAGCAGUUGUUGCUCUAUAAAGCUGAGGUGGAUGCAUUAAAUCGCAAUGACGAUGACUACUAUGAGAAGAAAGAGCAGCUAAUCUAUAAGAUUUUCUGCGAAUUUCGAGGCAUUCCAAACGAACUCGACUUGCAAGAGAAUCCUCAAGAAUAUGAAUAGCAUCGCAGUUUAUAAAACAGUUUGAAUGAUUAUAAUUUUCAAAAUAAAAUUUUUAAUAAAGUAAUUAUUUGUUGAUUAUGAAAGUUAA